UGCACAUGCGCACAUCGGAACACGUGUGCUCUAGGAGGUAGUCGUGUAGUGAAGAUGGCGGACGGAGAGAUUUCUUCGGCCAAGAAGAAGAAGAAGGAAAAGAGAAUAUCCGAAGAAGAAGUCGGGGUUAUUCAGGAGACUGGCGAUUUUCUCAUUAAACCCGAGUCCAGAGUUGCAAGCCUCGAUACAUCGCAGUGGCCUUUGCUGCUCAAGAACUUCGAUAAACUCAAUAUAAGGACAGCUCACUACACGCCUUUGCCAAAUGGCUCGAACCCUUUGAAGAGGAACAUCCAGGACUAUGUCAGAUCGGGUUUCAUCAACCUGGACAAACCGGCCAACCCGUCGUCACACGAGGUGGUUGCCUGGAUACGGCGCAUCCUGCGCGUGGAGAAGACGGGCCACAGCGGCACCCUGGACCCCAAGGUGACGGGAUGCCUCAUCGUGUGCGUGGACAGGGCCACCCGGCUGGUCAAGUCCCAGCAGAGCGCAGGCAAAGAGUAUGUGGGAAUCGUUCGGCUGCACAAUGCUCUAGAGAGCGAGCACCAACUCGCGCGGGCGCUUGAAACCCUGACGGGGGCACUGUUCCAGCGGCCCCCCCUCAUUGCUGCGGUUAAGCGGCAGCUCAGGGUACGGACCAUCUACGAAAGCAAGCUCAUAGAGUACGACCCCGAGAGGAGACUAGGCAUAUUCUGGGUGAGCUGCGAGGCGGGCACCUACAUCCGCACGCUGUGCGUCCACCUGGGGCUGCUGCUUGGCGUCGGGGGACAGAUGCAGGAGCUGAGGAGGGUGCGCUCCGGAGUGCUGGGGGAGAAGGACAUCCUGGUCACCAUGCAUGACGUGCUGGACGCUCAGUGGCAGUACGAUCACAACAAGGACGAGACGUACCUGAGGAGGGUCAUCCUCCCACUGGAGAAACUACUCACCUCCCACAAGCGACUGGUCAUGAAGGACAGCGCUGUGAACGCCAUCUGCUAUGGCGCUAAAAUCAUGCUGCCGGGGGUCCUGCGGUACGAGGACGGCAUCGAGGUGAACCAGGAGAUCGUCGUGGUCACGACCAAAGGGGAAGCCAUUUGCCUGGCAAUCGCCCUGAUGACGACCGCAGUGAUCUCCACAUGUGACCAUGGCGUGGUGGCCAAAAUCAAGAGGGUCAUCAUGGAGAGAGACACCUACCCCCGCAAAUGGGGCCUGGGGCCCAAGGCCACCCAGAAGAAGAUGAUGAUCCAGAAGGGUCUCCUGGACAAACACGGGAAGCCGAACGACAGCACGCCCUCGGAAUGGAAGCACGGCUACGUGGACUACAGCAUGCUGAAGUCAGUGGCGGUCGACUCGACCGGACCGGUGGGACCGGCGGCCAAGCGGAAGCGCGAGGCCAGCGGCAGCGACGGCGGAUGUCCGGAGGGCGCCUCGCCCCCCAAGGCCGACGGUGAGGCCAAGAAGGAGAAGAAGAAGAAAAAGAAGGACAAGAAGCUGAAGCUGUCGGAGGCAGCGGACGACGAGCCAGAGCCUGAGCCGGCUCCUGAGGCUGAAGAGAGUGCGAAGAAGAAAAAGAAGAAGAAGAAACAGAAGGAUGAGGCGGCGGAGUCUGAGUGAUGACACGGCUUCUGUCUGUGUGAGAGACUGCCAGUGUGUGUGGCGUGUAGAAUGUGGGCGGCCCGUAGCAACAGCGACCCCUAGUGGGGAUCCUGCUCUGCAUACAGCUCAUCAGCCCAACAUGGAGGAAAUCUAUCCCCCCCGCAAUCCCCAAUCCUUCCUGAUGGCCGGAAUGCAUGUCAGUGUUGUUCGAUUCAGGGCUGUGUAAAGUUUUAACCUUUUUAAGAGAUGGAUUAUUAAAUCUGUCAUCUGGCCAGUGGGAGGAGUGGGUUUUUUUUGUACUGUAAAUAUGGCUUGCUGAUAUUAAUCCAGUGUGAAGGCGAAAUUGAGUUGGAAUCCUGAUCACUUCAUUGAGUGACUGACUUUUUUCUUUAUAAAAUGUUUGUGGUCUUGUUUGGGUCCUCAGGUUGUCUUCAAAUUCAAACUGAACUGUACCAUUCCUGUACCAUAUUAAAUCUGUAUUUACUUAAA